CACUGGAACUCAUGGAGCCCCCCAAGUUCCCCACCACAGGCCUCCACACCACCAGGGCGGCCCCGGGAGCCACCGCAUCACUCGCCCUGCCGCUACCCACCGGCACCGCACCCUUUCAAUACCAAUGGAGUCGCGUGGGUACCUCCCUGGAUGACCGGUUCACCAGCUCCGAAGACGCCGGCGGGGUCCGCCUCACCGUGAGCUCGGCCCGCGUCGGCGACAGUGGCGUCUACACGCUGCAAGCAAGCAAUGCCGCCGGCAGCGACACGGCUCGCGUCCGCCUGGAGGUGUCUCCGGAGGAGGCGCCCUCUGGCGACGACCCCCCGACCUUCCUCCGCCGCCUGCAGGACCUCACAGUCAAGGUCGGCACCAGGUCCAGGUUCCUGGUGGAAAUAGUCAGCUCCACGGAGUGCAAGGUGACCUGGUACAGAAAUGAGCGGCGUUUGAUGGACGCUGAAAGGCUUGCCUUGGUCAGAGACGGUAACUUCUGGUGCGCAGACCUCGCGUCAGUCUCUGUCGACGACGCUGGACGAUGGACGUGCACGGCGGAGAACCUUGGAGGCAGAGCUAGUUGCUCAGCUCAUCUUAAUGUGCUUGUGCCAAAAGCCUACAAGCGACCGGAAUUUGUGGAGGAGCUCUGUGCCCUCCUCACAGAGCAAGGCACGGUGUCCCUGGAAUGUAAGGUGGUGGGCGUGCCGACACCUGUGCUCAGAUGGUUCAAGGACAGCAGAGAAAUCAAAGCCGGCGACGUGUUCGCCCUGACUGCGAACGCUGAAGACCCUACGUCCCUUGGCACGUAUACUUGUGAAGCUGUGAACUGCAUGGGUCGGGCGUACUCCUCGUCCAAGGUCCAUGUGGUGGGGCGCGGCAGCAGGGAAGGUUCAGCAAGACCCAGUACCAGCGUCAUAACUCCAGAACCACCACCUAUCUUCACGAAGGAGCUUGAGGAUCAAUUCGUCAGGAUCAACGAGCGUCUCAGCCUGAGUUGCCACAUCGUGGUGCCACCCUGGCCUCGAGCGGUGCUGUGGUACAACAAGGAGGGGAAGGUGGAACCCAGUGACAGGUACCACGUGCUGGAAGACGGCGUGGGGGGCUACCUCCUGGAAGUACAGUCGGCGGAGUGGUGUGACGAGGGGGAGUGGAAGUGCGUCGCCACCAGCGCGGGGGGGCGCGUCGGCAUUUCCACCUGCUUCGUCACCAUGGAUGUGCCCAAAAACUAUCGGAAACCGCGGUUCAUGGAGAAUCUACAGGCCGUUCUCACCGAAGAAGGCCUCGUCUCGUUCGAGUGCAAGGUGGUGGGUUUCCCCACCCCAGUCCUCAGCUGGUUCAAAGACGGCCAGGAGUUGAAACCUGGAGACGUGUACCAACUAACCGGCACUAACUCCUUGGGAUCCUAUUGCUGUAUAGCCAGGAAUUGCAUGGGCCAAGCGAGCAGUUCCGCCGAGCUGACGGUGGAAGAUAUCCAGAACCAGCUGAAUGAAGAGGAGAAACUGCAGCUGUUCACGCAGAACCAGGCGCCUAAGAUCUUGCAGGGCUUGAAGAGUGUAGAAGCGAAGAUUGAUGAACCAUUCCGUUUUACAAUUAAAGUUGCCAUUCCGCCUGAACCGUCGUUAUUAUGGUACAGAGACGACCAGGCGGUGGAAGAGACGAAUCGUUGCCAAGCCGGGAAGGAAGACAAGGGGGUGUUCUUCCUAGACAUCCAGAAUUUAGAGUUUUUGGACCAGGCCGAGUGGAAGUGCGUGGUUCGGAACGACUACGGUCACAGCAUAACAUCAUGUUUCCUUAAAUUAAUCAUACCACGCCAUUACAAGAAACCGAGGUUCCUUGAAAACCUCCAAGCAAUUUUAUCCGACGAAGGAGCGGUCAAUUUGGAAUGUAAAGUUAUUGGUGUACCCCAACCUACACUCAAAUGGUACAAAGAUGGAGAAGAACUAAAACCGGGUGAUAUUCACAGAAUAAUUUCAGGUCAAGAUGGUACUUGUUGUCUCGGCACGUAUACGUGUGAAGCGUCAAACUGUAUGGGUGUCGCUGCGAGUUCCGCCUCUCUCCUUGGUUUUGAUGAUUCUAUGAAAGCUAAAAGUAAGAAAAAGGCCGAAGAACAAGUUCUCCAAAGAAACUUAUCUCUCAGUACGAUACAUGAAGAGAGAACUUCACAGAUGUAUGACACGCCAGUGGGAGACAUUACUUUGGACGAUAAAGGUGAAAUAUCAUUCUCGUUUGAUGGAAAAGAAGUGUCAGUGUCACUUUAUGAGACCCCAGAUUUGACCGAAGAAGAAGCUUUACAGAUAGUAGAAAUGUAUGCAGAUCAACUUUCUGAAAAUGUCACAGAGCACAAUGUCGUUGAGCUUCCUCCUUUGAGGUUUGUAAAAGAAACAUCAACAUCUGGCAAUUUACUCAUGGAAGCAAUUAUAAUUGACGUUUCACCAGAGUAUUUCGCGUCGCCGGAGGAAGACUUGCGAACAGAAGCAGAUAUGGAAGACAUGUCUAUAGCAGAUGAUAAUGCACCGCCUUUGUUAUCUCUUGAUCAAGACGUUGGCGGUGAGGACUAUUUAGAGAAAACCAUGGCGUUGUUGUCAGAUGAAAAAUCUGACAUACCUAAGAAAAAACUAAGACAGAAAUCGGAUUCACAAAGAAGUGCCGAAGACUAUUUCAGUCUGUCUCGUGAUCAGUCAUUAUCUGAAGAGAAAAAAGAUGAUGAUACACAAGUUUUAUCGGAAAGUGACAUGCAAAGUUUUGCGAGUGCAAGAAGUUCAGGAAAAAUUAAGUCGAAAUCUUCAAAACGUCAAAUAUCUGAUGAGGAGAUUAAGGAGUCUGAUGCAUCAAAGAUAGGAUUGCAAAAAGAAGAAGUUAGAAAGCAUUCACUUGAUAGUGAACAGCCUGUGGUAAAGCCAAAAAGAGAACGGCGAAGUAGUCGUAGUUCUCGGCGGUCUAGCUCAGGUAGCGAAAAAUCUCUUCAUAAAGCUAAAGAAGAAUCGCAACGUGUCCAAGCUGAAGUAGAAGAGCCACCUAAAAAUUCAGAUAUUUUGAAUGAAAAAUUCAAGAUAAAAAUGAGCAAGAUAGGCUUCAUUCUUUCUAAAGUAGUAAACGAUAUACAGAUUAUUGAAAGAGAUAUCAUUUUGAAAUCAGAAUUAAUGUCAUCAGCUGCUACAGCUUCAAGAAGUUUAGAAAUAAUUAGUAGUUUAAUAACACCAUUGUCUGAAAUUCAUAGCAUUAUAGAUGCUUCAGCUGAAUCUGUAUCAGAAUCAAUAGAAGUAAUCAGUUCAUUAUUCAACAGUUUACCUCAGUCAUUGAAAUCAUUACAACAAUCAUUAACUAUUGUAGAAAAGUGUUUAGAUGUAGAAAGUGAUAAUAAAACUCUGGUUAAAAGAACAUGCGUGGCUUUUAUCGAAAAGUGUGGUGACGAUGUAAAAAAAUUACUGUCUGAAGUGAACCAUGUAACAAAUAAGGGUUACUUGGUUACUGAAGAAAAGAUUCUUACUGAUAUCACAUCACUAACAAAUGAUAUGAUUACUAUCGUUAAAUUCUCCGAGGAUACAAUCAAAGCUAAAAACUUAUUAAGCGAAGCUAAUGAAGUAAAAAUAGAGGAGGUAUCUGUCGAUUCUAAACACUUAAAAGAUACUCAAAAAGCAUUGUUUGAACUGAAAAGUCCUCUUCAUUCUCUAUUAUGCAUAGCUGAAACUGCGGACAGUGAUAAGAUGCCUGAUAUUGCAAAAGUGAGAUUAAGUGAAGUGAUUCUAGCUGAUAUGUCAGCUUCUAUUCAAGAUCUACAAGCUGCUUUAGAACAAAUAGAAACUCUCUCCGUAAAUGAAUCCACUUCAUCUUUAAGCAAAUAUAAUACAAAUAUCAUUGAAACUGUUAUGGAGUCCAUCGUUCAACUGAGGAGUUCUUUCGAACAACUGUCUAUGGAAACUAAAAAUGAUGAUGAAAAAAUUGUACUUAAAGAAGUAUUACGAUCUAUCAAACGCAAUUUACAAGAAAUCUCAUCACAGAUCAUUUCACUAGAAAGUAAUGUGGGUUCCUACGACGUAUUAAAUAGUGAAAAUAAAUUGGAAAUUCUCCAAAAGAUGGCACAAAUACUCAUUGCCUUAGAAAACAAUUUACCGAAGCUAGAAUCAGUGCCGGAAAUUAAACCGCAUAUUGAAAUUUUCCACAAAAAUCUUACUAAGGUACUAGAAAAGGUGAUUGAAAGUAACGAAGCAAACAAAUACUUCUCUUUAAUAGAAGUUUGCAAUGCUGUCAACAGAGUAAACAGGUCAAUUAAUUCUUUGGAAUCUGAUAAUAUUUUAUCUUUCGCUUGUUUAAAUAAUACAAUGAAGAUAAUUCAGCAACAUUUUAUAAAUAACGUUUUUGAAUCAGAGCUGAAUUGUUUGAUUCUAAAUAACAUCAGUGAUGUACUUCUUGGUAUACAAGAAGCAAUAAACCAUGCCGAGGAGCUCAGUUUACAAAUAGACUCUGAGCAUAUGCAGGAUCUGUCUAUACCUGAUUAUACCACAAGCAAAGCAAAUGUUGUUGCACAGCAUAUUGACCAUGUCAUUGCUUCCAUAAAUGUUGUGAAAUCUAUAGAAUCCACCAAAGUUCUUCCAGUGACACUUACUCCUGUUCUGGAAAAUAUUUCUCCUGUCUUAGAAGAUUUAAAACGAACAAUAGCUUCCAUAUAUCCAAAUGAAAUACACGACGAAGAACACGUGUCUGAAAUGUCUGCCGAAUCUGUAGCUCAAACACUUGCCACUCCAGUCUAUGAAUUAAAACAAAAUUUAACGGUACUUAAUCAAACUAUUGUUGAAAAUAUUGAAGACCUGAAAGAAUCCAGUGAGGUAAUGACCACAGUUGCGAUUCCACUUCAUGAGUUACAUAAUACAUUACAAAUUCUUCAGCAAGACAUCAUUUCACAGUAUGGUGAGCAGUUAACGCCGUAUGAUAUAAGUGUCAAUAUAGCGAGUGCUGUUCAAAGUAUACAGAGUUGCGUAGUGAUGAUCCAGGAACAAGCUGGAGUAGAAGGAAUUGAAGAUAUGUCUACUUUAGAAGAUAUAUCUGGUAUCAAAACAACUGCCGAAACUUUGCCUUCUGAUCGUUUAGUUCUUCCAGCAGCAGAAGAAACAAACUUAGAGCAAUCAUUAGAGCCAAUAAAUCAAGAAUUAGCAAUCACGGCGACAGCUCAAGCAUUGCAAACAUUAAACGAACAUAUAACUGUAUUGCAAAACCCAGAAAUAAUUGAUGCGCUGGAUACACUAUCUGAAGUAAGUGAUUAUUCAAAUCUCAAAUCAAUUGCUAUGGGAUUAAGAGAAUUACACGCUGGUAUUGAAGAAAUUCUACAUCCGGUUGUACUUGAAAACUCAAGUGACAUUAUCGGACUUACCAACAUAUCUAAAUUAGCAGCGAUUGCGGAACCAAUGCAAGAACUUCAGCAAAGUUUGUCCGUUUUAGAUACGAAUAACAUUCCAAUAUAUGAAGAAAUCUUAGAAUUACCCUCAGAAAAAAUACAUUCCGUUUUUCAGAAUGUUUCUGAAUUUAAGGAAUAUUUAGCCAAAUGCAUGCAUGCUAUAUUCCCAGCCAUGGAAACUGCUGAUAAGACAAUAGAAAUUUCUAACAAAGUAGAAUCUUUAAGAGAUAUUUGUGAAAAUGUUAAAUAUAAUAUAGAAAGUUACAAGCUUCUCAGUGCCGCUCCACUAAAUCAAGAAGUUAUUAACCUUAGUGAAACUAUUGAUGAACUACUUGCCGCUACAGAUGUAACCAAAGGUAUUAAAAUUGAUCAAGUAAAAUAUAUAACUGAACAACUAUACGAGAAUAUUACUACAGCACAAGAAGAAUUGAUAAGGUUUACCCCACAACUGAAUGAAACUUUGGCACAGGAGGCUAAAAUUAUACAGACAAUCAGUGAGAUUGAGAAUAACAUUGCAGUAUUAGAACAGUACGACUUUGUAGAUCUAUCAAGAGCAUCAGAUAUUAAUUCAUGUCUUUCACCACAACUUGCACUAGAAAUAGAAUCUGAUUCCUUGGCACAAAUUGAUGAUGUUGUUGAAUGUGCCAUAAAUAUUGUACAAGAUUCACUCAAGCAAGAUACUUCUUUAGCAGAUUUAAUGAUUCUGGAAGAUUUCUUUAAAACAUGUAAAAAUGAAUUUACAAUAAUAAAAUGUCUUAUAUCUAAACAAUUGAGUCACAAAAAGAUAAUAAGAUUGGUCCAAGAAUUCAACAAUCUUCAGAAUACCAUAAAUACAUUCAAAACAAAGCUUGCAGACCUUAAGUUGACAAGUGAGAUGGAAGCUCACAUUUUACAUUUCUUUAAUCAAGCAGAAGAAAGUUUAAAAUCUAUCCAGCGAUCACUUGUAAAAAUUAUCGAGUCGCAGUCUGAAAUAUUGUUCAAAUGUCCUUUGAAUAAAUUGAACACGUCUAGUGAAUCAUUGAAGGAGUCGUUGAGAAAUAAAAAGACAGGGAAACUGGAGGAUAUAGUCACUAAAAUUGUUAAUAUUAUCGAGUAUAUCCAACCGUCAUUGAAAACCGCUGAAGCAGAUACUAUUAAUGAAUUAAUAACACCAGAAAUAGUUCACACUAUGAUAGAUGAACAAAUAAUUGUAGAAAGAAUGGAAGAAUUAUUAGGGUUGAUUGAAAUAGAAGUGUCACGAGCUGAUCAGAAAGAAAACAGAGAAAUGUUAUCAACUUUAUUAACUUGUUUAGAGAAACACCAAGAUUAUAAAGAUGCAAUUGGAACAGGGAAAGUUCUAAUAAUGCUCAAAUGUUUAUCAGAUUGUUCUGAUAUUUUACAAGCCAAUAUUUCACAGAACAAAAUACAAAAAUUCAAAAUUGUAUCUCAUAAGCUAGAAGAUAAUACACUUAAAGCAGCUUUAUCAGAAAUGAUGGAACCAUUACAAAUUCUCAAUAGUCAGCUGUCAAAUGUUCAGGAGCAAAUUAUGUCUGGCAUAGAAGAAGAUUCUAUUUCAGUUGAUAUUACAUCAACGGAGUCUGUUAUACAGACUAUGACUGAGAUUCACAAGGAAAUUGUGAAACAGAUCGAAUCUGAAUAUGUUACCAUUGAUGACGAGGAUAUUUCACUAAUUAUGGAUAUGGACAAAGCUAUUCAUACAAUUCAAGAAAAUCUUAAAUCUAUGGAAGAUGUUCAUAUUGCUCAAGUUGUUAAACAAAUUUCAAAACCAAUUGAAGAUAUAGAAAAAUCCUUACAUGACUUUUUGACAUUAGAAAAAGUAUCUGAUAGUAAGGAAGAAUCUUUGACAGCUAAAUCUUCAGAGUUACUUCAGCACGUACAACAUUACCUUAAUUUGAUAGAAACCGUCGAUGAAAUACAAUUGGCUAUUCAAAUAGAGGAUUUAAAAGAAUCUGUACAAUUAGCUCAUGAACUUUGUGAAUCAGUUUGUGCAACUACAACUACUUCAGAUUUAGACACAAAAGGAAAAUCCGUUGAAAACAUUCCAAAGCAAAUAUGCUUAGCUCAAAAAUUACAAAGCGCCCUCUCUAAGGUCAACAUUUACGUUCUUGAAAAUGCUCAAGAAUUAAGUUCAAAAAUUGAACCAAAUGUAAUAGAAGAAAUAUCAAAAAUAACCGUUAAAUUAGAAGCAGAUUUAGCGGCAGUAAUUGGAGAAAAUAAAGCAAUAGAGGCAUCUGAAGGCGAAUUUGAUAAACUUAGCAGAUCAAAGCCCGUUGUGCUAGACAAAGCUGACGAUAUUACAGAUGAUAUAAUUUCAGAUAAAUUAACUGCAAUAAAAUCAGAAAUAAUCUCAGGAGAAUGCAAAGGAACGGAUUCUGUUCAAGUAGAUAAUAAAUCUGACGUGAUAUUGGACGUUGAAGUUAGUAAAGGAGCUAAGGUGACACAAGAUUUGAAACAAAGCAUAGAACAAUUCGUCGCUGAUGAUAUAAAGGAAGCAAUAAAUGAGCUGUCUUCAAUUGCUAAUGUUGUUGAAUUGGAAAAAGCUCUAAGCAUAGCUAAUGAAUUACGAGAAAAUAUUACGGCUUUAGAAACGUAUGUUGAGACAGAAUCACUUCCAACUACAAUCCAAGAAGUGAAGGCUCAGGAGGCUGAAUUGACACAGCAACUACACAAUGCAUUGACAGCAUUCCAGCAGCAAGCUGAAGAGAAUUUGAGAGAUAUGGCUUCAGAAAGCACCAGCAAUUUACUAAAACGUAUCACCGAAGUUACAACUGAGUUAGAUAAUAAUUUAGUAGUUUUAAUAUCUACAACAGACAUUGGAGAAACCGAAAAACCUUUGGAAACUGUGUCUGUACAACAAGGCUUUGCUGCAGAAGAAUCAGAAAUUAAUGAAUUCAAAGGUGAAGACGGAAAUUCGUUGCUUUCAACUAAAGUCUUUAUUGAAGAAGCUCAAAUGCAACAGCCAGAAAUUGUUGAUCAUCACCCAGCUGAAGAGAACAUUAUACCAUCAGAAUCUGUUUUGGAUAAUGAAGAAUUUUCGCAAGGUAUGGAAAUCGCUGAGAAGACAGAAGUAGCUCAAGACGCAGAUAAAGAUAUUAAAGGAGGAGUCGCAAGCCAGCAGACUGUAAUAGAACAACAUGAGAUCAUUGGUGAAAGUAUCCAAGAUACGACACUAAUGCAAUCCAUUGAUACACUUACACACAGUAAUGAUCAAUCUAUCAAUAUACCUUCAUUAAAUACUGAAGUAGGUGAAGUUGUAGUAAAAGAAUGUAGUUCAUUGUCAAAAGAAAAUACUGCGGAUGAACAACUACUAGGGCAUAAAUUGGCAGAUGAUGAAAACGUUAAAUUAUUCGCUAGUUCAAAUCAAGAUUUACAAGAAGCAGUCAGCAUAGAAAUAAAUGCCGAUGAAUAUUUAUUACAAGAUGCAAUUACAACUAAUUUAGCUACAGAAUCGAUGCCUUUAAAAGAGGACCAAGCACCAAGUGUGCAAGAAGUUGCGGAUAAAAAGUCGUCAUUAGAAAUUGGUAACCUAACAGAUAAUACUCUUGCAGUUGAAAAUAAAGUUGAAAUUUCCCAAAAUGCAGAUAACGUUUUAGAUGAAAAUAUAACUAAAAUAGAAAAAGAAAAUAUUGAAAUUAAAGAUUCUGACAUUUCGUAUGGGACUCAAAUUCAAUUAGAUUCUAUAGAAGGAGAUGCUUCAGAAGGUACAAAAAUAGUAGAUGGUAUUGCAAACAAAAUUGAUGACAUGCAUAUUGCAAUACCGCGUGACUUUGAAGAUGAAAAAGUAAGUUCAAUGACUUCUGAAAUUGCUUAUCAAACAACAGUGACAAGUGAAAUUGAUCUCGUGGCAAAUAUAAAAGACAUCGCGAGUGAUAAAGAAAAACUGCAAAAAGAUGAAGUUAGAAUUGAUUCCAUAUGUGAAAAGAAUCUACCGAUAGUCGAAGAGUUAACGUCAUUUGAAGAGUUUAUUAGUGAUACAUUGAGUGAAAAUAAUGUAGCAUUAGAGAAAACUAAUUUGGAUUUGCAGUCGUUACCAAAUGAUGGCUUGAAAGUUGAAAAUAAGGCAAUCUUAUGUACAGAAAUUUUUCCCAUAGAACAAGUUAUGAUAAAAGAUGAUUUUGUUAAAAAUAAUAUUUCAAUCGGUGAAGAUGAAAAAAUAUGUGAAGAACAUAUCAAUAAAAAUAACGAAAUUGAACAGUCGAAUAAAAAUCUUAACAAUAGUGAAGAUGUGCCUUUGUCUGCAACGGUCACAGAAAAUGUUUCCCCCCUUAUGUCAGCAAAUGAAAUAUCUAGUAGUGACCUUGAAAGCGAUAAACAUUCUCAAAAAGCAUUUACAGAAGAGCCAACGGACAUAAAAUCUUUAGGGAUUUGUCUCGAAAAGGAGGCAUUACAAUGUACCGAUAUUGUACUUGUAGAAAACUCGGAUCUUCAGGAAAUUAAACCUGUUAAAAGCCAGACUCUUCUUCCAGAAUUGCUAACUUAUGAUGGUUUUGCAGAAACUGAAGAACUUAAUGUUGAAGAGGAGUUACAACCACUGAUAGAAAACUUUGCUUUGAAAGUUCUUCCUAUUACUUUAGAAACAAAUCAAGAUAUUUUUAAGGAAGUCGUGGUAACUACUGAGAAUGUCGUACAGUCUGUAACACAAAAAGAAGAUAUUCAGUCAAAUGAAAGCGGAACGGAGGCAUUAGAAAUCAUGAAAGAAAGUUUUAGUCAAAUAAAUCCUGUAACAAGUGAAGUAGUAAGUGAAGAUGAAGUCAUUUCUGAAAAUAAUGAUGUAAAAGAUGUGGAUGAAAUAUCGAGUAUAUUGUUGCAUACGAACGAAAGUCAAGAACAUUUACAACAUGAUUCUAUAAAAUCAAAUGAAGUUAAUAAUGAUAAAGUAUUGCACAAUGUAAUCGAUGCUGUAGAAAAUACAGAUGUCAAUAGGGAAAUGAAGCUUGAUGUACAAAAAGAUUCUUCGGAUAUAGACAAUAUACCAGAAAAUCAGACAAUUUCCGAGACUGCCAAAUUAUACGAAUCACUUGCAAGUAGCAUUCGAGACUAUACAUCAGAGGAAACUGCUGAAGUUAUUAUAUUACUCGCAAAUUUUACGCAUAAUGAUGAUGUCAGUAAUUCUAUAGAAGUUGCCAUAAGUAUGCUAAGUAGUAUUAAAAGUUUUGAAUUAACUUUGGAAUCAACUGAAGACUGUUCUAGUGACAGACCUUUUCAUUUGGAACAAUUAAAUUUAUUUCGAAAACUGCAUAAUUCAAUUAUUGUUGUUCAAAAUUAUUUACAAGAAAAUCUGAUUGACCUUACUGUAAAAUCUAAUGAUAAAUCAAUACAGAAAGCUAAUGAAGUAGUUCAAAAAUUGAAUUCAAAUCUCAAAGCUGUUAUACAAUAUAUUAUUCAACAUCAUUCGUCAUUACAACAUGAGACUUUACAAAUCUGUGAAGAUUUGAAUGAAAUGAGUAAUUCUUAUGACACUAUUGCAAAAACACAAAUGAAGGAUGAUUCAACCGCCGACACAGAGAUUGUAAAUGGAGUUAAAAAUAAAAUAUCUAACGACGGAGGACCAGGUCCUGAACAAGAUAAUUAUCAAGAUGUUAAUAAAAACAAAGAUAGUAUCAUUAUUGUCAAUCAAAUUGAUAAAGAUACCGUCAAUAAUCAGCAUAAUAUUGAAAACAUCGAUUUACUACUGGACACACUUUUAAAGCAUAUUGAAGAACAUUUAUCAAUUAACAUGAGAAAUGUCAUAAAUGCUCUAAUGCCCUUAUCGAUUGCUGAAGAAUUGAAAGAAUCUUUGAAUGUUGUAAAAGAACUUCAUGACAAUAUCAUUUUUCUAAAUAAAAAUCUUGACAAACGAAGUAUGGAACUAAUGAAAAUAUUAUCUCACAAUUUAUCGUAUAUUCACAUUCAAUCUGAUGAGUUAAUGGACAAUAUUGUAUUAAAAUUAGAUAAUUAUUUAGUAGAGUGGAUGGCUACCUCAAUAAGCGCUUUACAAAAUGAUAUAACGUCAUUAAUGUCUUUGGAUAAAUGGACCUCGGAGAAUAUAUCUGCCACACAUCUAACAGAAGAUUACAUUUCGAAACCACUGAUAUCUGUUACAUUUUCCGGAAAAUCUCUACAGCAAGGUGAAAUAUCUGAAAUCAUAGCUGCCGCUACUGAAUUCAUUGACAAAGUAAUUGAAGAAUCUGAGUAUAUAGCCACAGAAGAUUUUGAUACAAUAUCCGAGAGCGGUGAAUCAUUUCACUAUAUUGUAGACGAUAACUCAGAAGGAGAUGUUGAAGAAGAAACGCUUCUCAUUAAUGAUAAUUAUAAUUCCGAACAAGCUAAUUAUACAGUUGAACAUUUAAAUCAUGCAAUUUCUCAGUCUUCUGAAAAUACAAUUUUAGAAAAGGAAGGAUAUUUAGUUCGGGAUGAAAAUGAAAAUAUAGAAUCAUUCAUGAUUCCUGAAGUUAUUAAAGUCAAUAACAAAAGUGCGCAAUGUUCCGUAAUAGAUCAACAAGAUAAAAACUCAACGUUGAAUCCUGAUAGUGUUUUUAAUACGGCAGAAAAUGCUCCAAAAAUUGAUGCAAUUCAAUGUAAUACAGCUGAAAAAACUGAAGAAACGAUAGAAAACCUAGUGCCUGAAAAUAAAGAGAGUGACCAUGGUAGUCAACAAAUCAAACCAUACGAAGUUCAGCAAUGUGAAUUUGAAAAUGAAGCUUUAUUACAGCACAUAGAUGCUUUCAUUACUGACGAUGUUGCUGAAAUUAUCAAUGAGAUAUCAGACAUUUGUCAUAUGGAUUCGCUGAAAGAGUCAGUAGUUCUUGCAAAGGAGUUAAAAGAAAAAAUUGCGUCUGUUAGUGCCAUUUGUGAUAAUGAUGAUGUCUGUAAAACAUUGGAGAAUAAGGUCGAAGAAAAAAUAAGUACGAAGUUAAAACUUCAAGAAGCAUUGUCAAAUUUCCAACAACAGAUAUUGGAAUCUGCACAAGACUUGGCUAAAAUAAGCCCUGACGCAGUACAAAAAGUCAGUAGUGUAGCUUCACGUUUAGAAGAAGAUCUAAAAGUUGCAACUGUUGACACGGCACAGACUAUAAAUGAAACUCUAGUACAACAUAUCGAUGCCUUUAUAACCGAUGAUAUCACUGAAAUAGUCGACGAGAUAUCAAGCACUUGUAAUACAGAUUCAUUAAAAGAAUCAAUAGGUCUUGCAAAGGAGUUGCAAGAACAAAUCGCUUCAGUUAGUGCUAUCUGUGAUAAAGAAGAUGUUUCUCUAGUAUUGGAGGGAAAGGUUGAAGAAAAAGUUAAUGCGAAGCUAAAACUUCAGGAAGCACUGUCAAAUUUGCAACAACAGAUACUGGAGUCUGCACAAGAUUUGAACAAGAUAAGUCCUGAGGCUAUUCAGAAAGUCUGUGAGGUCGCAUCUCAUUUGGAAGAAGAUCUGAAAACUCCUACAAUUGAAACAGUGCAGACCAUUACAGGAAAUGAAAGUCUACUACAGCAUAUUGACGCCUUUAUAACUGAUGAUGUCGCUGAAGUAGUCAGAGAGAUAUCAAGUAUUUGUAAUACGGAUUCUUUAAAAGAAUCAGUUGUUCUUGCAAAGGAGUUAAAAGAAAGAAUCGCUUCAGUUAGCGCUGUCUGUAAUAAAGAGGAUAUUUCUCAAGUUUUGGAAGAAAAGGUCGAAGAAAAAAUUAAUACGAAGUUACAACUUCAGGAAGCACUGUCAAAUUUGCAACAACAAAUGCUCGAGUCUGCACAAGAUUUGGAUAAAAUAAGCCCUGAAGCUAUCCAAAAUGUCAGUGAUAUAGUAACUCAAUUAGAAGAAGAUCUGAAAAUUGCAAAUGUUGAGACUGUACAGACCAGAAAUGAAACUCUUCUACAACAUAUUGACAACUUUAUAAGGGAUGAUGUUGCUGACGUAGUCAAUGAGAUAUCAAGCGUUUGUAAUACGGAUUCGUUGAAAGAAUCAGUAGUUCUUGCGAAGGAGUUGCGGGAAAGAAUCGCAUCAAUUAGUGCCGUCUGUAAUAAAGAAGAUGUUUGUCAAGUAUUAGAAGAAAAGGUUGUAGAAAAAUUAAGUACGAAGCUAAAACUGCAAGAAGCAUUGUCUAAUUUACAACAACAGAUGGUAGAGUCUGCACAAGAAUUGGAUAAAGUAAGCCCUGAAGCUAUCCAAAAAGUCAGUGACAUUGUCACGCAUUUGGGAGAAGAUCUAAAAAUUGCAACGGUUGCAACUGUACAGACGAGAAAUGAGAAUACACAAGAUUUGGAUAAACUGACUCCAGAAGCUAUUCAAGAAGUCAGUGAUAUAGUUACAUAUUUCAAUGAAGAUCACAAAACUGCAACUGUUGAAACAGUGCAAACAAUUUCAGGAAAUGAAACUCUUCUACAACAUAUAGAGGUCUUUAUAGCAGAUGAUGUUGCUGAAGUAGUCGAUGAAAUAUCGAGUAUUUGCAACACAGAUUCGUUAAAAGAAUCAGUAGUUCUUGCAAAAGAGUUACAAGAAAAAAUCGCUUCAGUUAGUGCUAUCUGUGACGAAGAAGAUGUUUCUCAAGUAUUGGAGGAAAAAGUCGAAGAAAAAUUAAACACGAAGCUAAAACUGCAAGAAGCGCUAUCAAAUUUGCAACAACAGAUGCUGGAGUCUGCACAAGAUUUGGAUAAAAUAAGCCCUGAAGCUGUCCAAAAAGUCAGUGAUAUAGUAACUCAUUUGGAAGAAGAUCUGAAAAUUGCAAAUGUUGAGACUGUGACCACCAGAAAUGAAAUUCUUCUACAACAUAUUGACGAUUUUAUAAGGGAUGAUGUUGCUGACGUAGUCAAUGAGAUAUCAAGCGUUUGUAAUACGGAUUCGUUGAAAGAAUCAGUAGUUCUUGCGAAGGAGAUGCGGGAAAGAAUCGCAUCAAUUAGUGCCGUCUGUGAUAAAGAAGAUGUUUGUCAAGUAUUGGAGCAAAAGGUUGAAGAAAAAUUAAGUGCGAAGCUAAAACUGCAAGAAGCAUUGUCUAAUUUACAGCAACAGAUGCUAGAGUCUGCUCAAGAUUUGGAUAAAAUCAGUCCUGAGGCUCUCCAGAAAGUCUGUGAGGUAGCAUCUCAUUUGGAAGAAGAUCUGAAAAUUGCAGUUGUCGAAACUGUUCAAAGUAAACAAACUGAUGUUAUUGAAGAAGAUUCCAUGAAACAGUUAGAAACUUUACUUCAAGAAGUCAGCAACAAAAUAAAUAGCCCUUCAGCUGACAAAGUUUCUGGAGACAAUGACUCCCUUCAAGACACAUUAGAUGAAGUACAAACGGUUAUCAUAAAACUUAAACGUGACUUUGACGGAACAGUAAAUGACGCUCUCAAUGAAACUCUCGAUGAUAUAGAGUGCAGUGUGAGAAGUGUCCAACUUCAAAUUAACGAGGAUAGUCCUCCAGAACUUCUGAAAGAUGCCUGUGCCACGUUACAAUUAUUGGUUAAUAAUAUGAAUGAAGCGCAGGAAAACCAAACAAGUGAGACGUUGCCAAAACAAAUCACAACUGAUAAUGCUCUAGAAAAAUGUUCAAGUGAUACUAAUGAGACUGUAAAGUUACUCGAUAGUGCUGUAAAACUUGACAUUAAAGAUAACAGAAGUUUAGAUAAUAUAAUAUCAAAUCUUAACAGUCUCAAAGACACAAUGAAAACAUUACGAUUAAGCUUUAUGGGUGACUCUGAAACUUUAAUUGAAAAGGGAGUAGAAGUAAUACAAGUCUUGGACCAAUUAGAAGAAAGAGUGUUUUCUCUCGAAAGAAUCGUUGAGACGGAAGAAUCUCUUCCCUCAGGAAGUCGAGAUAGUAUUCUUACAGCUAUUCAUUCUGUUUAUGGAAGUAUAUCAAAUAUGAGAGGUACAAUAGCGAGUAUUCAAAGACAGUUCAUGUUUGAAAAUUACGGUAAACCUACUGAAAAUAUUCUUCAUACAAUUAAACUUUUGAACCCGUUGAUGGAAAAUUGCACAGAGGGCGAUAAACAAAAAAUUAAAAAAAUGUCAAAGUCUUUACGAAAUGCUUUGAAACACUUUGGGGACAUAAAGUUUUAUAUUAAUUUAGAUAAAACAGCCAGGUUGCCCAGUGACGCGGCCUUUACAAAGAUAAUUCUUGAAGAACUGAAACUUAACGUUGAUGGGAUUAAGUCGCUCACAACAGACGAAAUUGUUUCAAAUAAGAUACAAGAACUUUACAAUAAUAUUCAAGAAAGUUUACUGAAUAUCGAAACUCAAACAACUUUAGAAGUAAAAGAUAAAAUACCAAUUUUCAGAAACAUAGCAUCUCGUAUUCUGGACAUUGCAUCCACUUUAAAAAUUGAUGCUCAAUUGGAUAGUGAAGAGCAAAAAGUAGAAGAUAAAUGUGAGAUUAAUAUUUAUCCGAUCGAUUCAGCUGACGUUUCUGAUAUUCAGACUUUAAAAGACGGAAGUGAACUUACGAGUAUUAGAAGUGAGGGUGAUGAACAAGCAAAAGUGCUUGAUCUUCAGGCUUCAAAUGAAACUGAAGUGAUAAAACAAGAGGUAGAAAUUUUCAAAUCAACAGAUAAUUUGCUUGAAGAAGAAAAUAACGUUAAUUUAGAAAAGGAAAAACACGAUAAAGCUCAAAUAUUUAUGGCAGAAGUUGACGAAGCCAAACCAUCAACUUCAAAAGAUUGCAAGCAAGAUGAAAGACAGACACCAUCCGAAAAAGCGGCUGUUGUAGAAAAUGACCUGAAUCAAGAAGUAAAUAAAAUAAGUGAAUUACAAGAAGUUGCGAAAAACCUAGAACAAGAACAAGAUACAACAGAAAAUAAUAUAUUAACACAGCAAUCAAUAGAGCAACAUGAUUUAGAAAAAAUUGAAACUGACGAUGAUACAAAGCGAAAAGAUGAAGUACAGAUUCAGGCAGAAAACCAAAUGGUAAGAGCAGAACCGAGUAUAAGCAAUACGGAGAAAGCAGAGAUUCUGGAGUCUGAAUAUGCCACGCUAGAGAAAGGCGAAACUUUAAAGAGUGAUGAACUGGAACAGGACGAACAUGUCCAAACUGAAAAACAAUCGCUUACUUCUUUAACAGAUGAAAUUACUGGAGCAAAAGAGUCAGCCUCUUUGCCAAUUAAUGAAAUUGAAACUCAAGAGGUCAAUAAAUCGCAGAUAACAAUAACAGAAGAGAAAGAACAAACUGGAGAGGAAAAUGCUAAAUUCGAAGAAGUUCAAAUUGAAAAGAAAGAAGUAAUGGCCGAAAAAACUGAACAGGACACGGAAGACGAAAGAAAAGGCCUUGAAGAAGAAAUUUCAAAAUUAGAAGAGGAAGCUGAAAUAAAGAAACAAAGACAAGAUGCGGAGAAAGCCAAUGAAACUGUGGAAGUAGAGAAACAGUUAAAAGAACAAAACGUUGAACGAGAACAACAUAUUGAAGAUGGAAAAUCAGGGUCCGAUGGAAAAGGGAAAGAUGAAGAAAGCCGAGUCAUAAAGGAAAAAGUGGAAGAAAUUUCAACUAUAAGUGAAAAUCUAGACGCUAAAAAGAGUGAAACAAAACACGAAAAAGAAAAUUUAUCAGCCAAGUUAGAUGAAGCUACACGUGAGAAAGAAGCACAAAUUGAAGAAGAUAAACAAGAAGCCCAGGCAGCUGCAGUGGAAACUUUGAUAGACGAGCAACGCGUAGUAGACGAUUUAGAAAAACUAGAGGAAGAAACAAUGAAUAAAACACAAGAGGCCAAAGAAGUUGAGACGGAAUAUGAAAAGCAUAGUUCUGAGAAAGAAAAAGAAAAUCUGGAGAAAGCGGAAGUAAAGAUAGAAACAAAAGAGACUAAGGUAGUAGAAAUGAAACUGCAGCCGCAAGAAAAAGACAAAUUACAAGAUGAGGCUGAGAAGCAACAAAUGACAGAAGAAAAUAAUCUUGCUGGAAAAGAAUCAAAUGUAGAAGAAGCACUUAGCAAGCAAUCACAAGAGAUUGAGCAAACAAAGCAACAAGAAAAACUAUUCAAACAAGACAAUGCUCAAUUAGAGCACGAGACGCAAGUCAUGGAAGUUAAACAGGUUGAGACUCAACAAGAAUAUGAAAUGGAACAUAACUCUAUGCAAGAGGAAGAGAAAAUAGAAAAACAAAAGGCAGAAGAAGCUGAAAACAAAAGAGAGGAAGAACUCAAACUCAUUGCAGAAGAUAAAGUAAAAGAAGAAGAAAAGGAUAAAAGAAAUCAAAAGACCGACAUAGCUGAAAAGAAAGGAGAGGAUGAACCCAAACCAAUUGCAGAAGAUAAAGCUAAACAAGAAGAACAGCAAAAUCAUAAGACGAAGGCAGAAGAAGAACAAAUCGCUAAAGAAAAUGGGCAAGUCACAAAAACACAGCAAGAGGCUGAAAAUAAGGUGCAAGAAGAAAAAUGCCUUGAAGUGGAUGGAGCAAAAUUGAAUGAAGAAGCACGAAUAAUGAAAGAAAAACAAGAGACAGAGGAACUUCAUAAGAAAAAGAAGGAAGAUGAAAAAUGGCUUAUACAAGAAAAAGAAAAAUCAGAGCAAGAAGCGCGUAUACAAGAGGAGAAAGAGCAUGCUGAAAAGAAAGAAAAGGAAGAUAAAAAACAACUUGCAGAAGAAAAAGAAAAGCUUGAGGAAGAAGCGCGAACUAAGAAAGAAGAGCAGAAUGCUGAAGCUGAGAAAAAAAGGCAUGAUGAAGAAAAAGUAAAACUCGAAGAAUAUGCACGAUUUGAGAAUGAACAAAAAGAGGCUGAGGGGAUAAUGCGAGAAGAAAAGUGUAUUGCGGAGGAAAAUGCGAAAUUAGAAGAAGAAGCUCGUACUAACAAAGAACAACAGGAAGCUGAAGAGGUUGAGAAUAAAAAGCGAGAAGAAGAAUCACGAUUUACUGAAGAAAAAGCUAAACUUGAGGAAGAAGUGCGAAUCAGUAAAGAACAGCAGGAAGCUGACCAGAAAAAGGCAGAAGAAGAAUUACGUCUCGCAGAAGAAAAAACGAGACUGGAAGAAGAGACACGUAUUAAAGAAAAAACACAAGCGGUUGAAGAGGAUGAGAAGAAAAAGAAAGAAAAAGAACGCCGGGAAGAUGAAAACAAGAAAUUAGACGAAGAAGCACAAAUUAAUAAAGAACAGCAGGAGGUUGAUGAGACUGAGAAGAAAAAGAAUAAGGAAGCGACACUCCGCGCUAAAGAAAAAAAUAAAUUAGAAGACGAAGCUUGUAUCCAAAAAGAAAAAGCGGAGACCGAGAAGAAAAAGAAAGAAGAAGAAAAACAGGUAGCAGUAGAAAACACGAAAUUAGAAGAAGAAAGCCGUAUCCAAAAAGGGACGGACCAAGCCAAGAAGAUUAAGAAAGAAGAAAGAUUAACAGAAGAAAGAGCUAAACCGGAAGAAGAAACACGCAUUCAACAAGAUAAAGAGGAGGCCCAGGAAGCAGAGAAGAAAAAGGAAGAAGAAAAGAAAUGUCUUGAGACUGAAAAAGCAAAGCUAGAUGAAAAUGCACGACUCGAGAAGGAACAACAGGAAGCUGAGGCGAAAAAGAAAGAAGAAAAGCGAAUUGCAGAAGAACAUGCAAAACUCGAAGAAGUGGCUCGUAUAAAGAAAGAACAGGAAGAGGCAAAAGAGGCUGAAAGGAAGAAAGUGGAGAAAGAAAAUAAAACGCGAACUGAACAACAACAAGUCGAGGAGAGUGAAAGAAAGAAGCAAGAAGAGGAAAUAGCGCGAGUUCUAAAAGAACAACAGGAGGCCGAGAAGAAAAAGCAAGAAGAAGAAAAUCGGGAAAAUGCAAAGAAAAUGAAAGAAGAAGAAGAACGAAUAGCUGAAGAAAAUGCUAGACUUGAAGAAGAAGCAAUUCAGGAAGAAAAACAGGCGGCCGAGAAGAAAUAUAAAGAAGAAGAGAAACGUCUUGCAGUAGAAAAAGCUAAAUUAGAAGAAGCGCGAAUCGAGAAAGAGAGAGAGGAGGCUGAAAAGAAGCGAUUAGAGGAAGACGAACGUCUCGCUAAAGAAAAACAAGAGGCAGAGGAAGCCGAGAAGAGAAGGAAGGAAGAAGAAAACCGCCUUGCAGAAGAAAAGGCAAAACUUGAGGAAGAAGUGCGAAUAAACAAAGAAAGACAGGACGCUGAGGAAGCUGAGAAGGAAAAAAAAGAAGAAAAGAAACGUCUUAAGGCAGAAAAAGCAAAACUUGAGGAAGAAGCGCGUAUUAAGAAACAAGAACAAGAGGCAGAGCAGGCAGAGAAGAAAAAGAAGAAAGAAGAAAAACAAAUCGCAGAAGAAAAAGCAAAACUUGAAGAAGAAGAGCGUGAAAAGAAAGAAAAAGUAAUGGCAGAAGAGGCCGAAAAUAAAAAGAAGGAAGAGGAAAAACGACUUGCAGAUGAAAAAGUGAAACUUGAAGAAGAGGCGCGAAUCUUGAAAGAAAAGCAGGUCGCCGAGGCAGAUGAGAAGAAAAAGAAAGAAGAAAUACGUCUUGCCGAAGAAAAAGCUAAACUUGAAGAAGAAGCACGCAUUCAGAAAGAAAAAGAGGCGGCUGAGGAGGCCGAGAAGAAAAAGAAAGAAGAAAAGAAACGUUUGAAGGCAGAAAAAGCAAAACUUGAGGAAGAAGCGCGUAUUAAGAAACAAAAGCAGGAGUCAGAGGAGGCAGAGAAGAAAAAGAAGGAAGAAGAAAAACAAUUGGCAGAAGAAAAGGAAAAAUUGGAAGAAGAAAUCCGUAUAAGGAAAGAAAAUGAAGAGGCAGAGGAGGCCGAGAAGAAAAAGAAGGAAGAGGAAAAACGACUAGCAGAAGAAAAAGCGAAACUUGAAGAAGAGGCGCGAAUCUUGAAAGAAGAGCAGGUCGCCGAGGCAGAUGAGAAGAAAAAGAAAGAAGAAAUACGUCUUGCCGAAGAAAAAGCUAAACUUGAAGAAGCAGCACGCAUUCAGAAAGAAAAAGAGGCGGCUGAGGAGGCCGAGAAGAAAAAGAAAGAAGAAAUACGUCUUGCCAAAGAAAAAGCUAAACUUGAAGAAGAAGCACGCAUUCAGAAAGAAAAAGAGGCGGCUGAGGAGGCAGAGAAGAAAAAGAAAGAAGAAAAGAAACGUUUGAAGGCAGAAAAAGCAAAACUUGAGGAAGAAGCGCGUAUUAAGAAACAAAAACUGGAGUCAGAGGAGGCAGAGAAGAAAAAGAAGGAAGAGGAAAUACAACUCGCAGAAGAAAAAGCAAAAAUAGAAGAGGAAGCGCGCCAAAAGAAAGAAAAGCUAAUGGCAGAAGAGGCCGAGAAGAAAAAGAAGGAAGAAGAAAAACAGCUUGCAGAAGAAAAAGCCAAACUUGAAGAAGAGGCGCGAAUCUUGAAAGAAAAGCAGGUCGCCGAGGCAGAUGAGAAGAAAAAGAAAGAAGAAAUACGUCUUGCCGAAGAAAAGGCUAAACAUGAAGAAGAAGCACGUAUUCAGAAAGAAAAAGAGGUGGCUGAGGAGGCCGAGAAGAAAAACAAAGAAGAAAAGAAACGUUUGAAGGCAGAAAAAGCAAAACUUGAGGAAGAAGCGCGUAUUAAGAAACAAAAACAGGAGUCAGAGGAGGCAGAGAAGAAAAAGAAGGAAGAAGAAAAACAACUCGCAGAAGAAAAGGUAAAAUUAGAAGAAAUCCGUAUAAGGAAAGAAAAAGAAAUGGCAGAGGAGGCCGAGAAGAAAAAGAAGGAAGAAGAAAAACGACUUGCAGAAGAAAAAGCAAAACUUGAAGAAGAGGCGCGAAUUUUGAAAGAAAAGCAGGACGCCGAGGCAGAUGAGAAGAAAAAGAAAGAAGAAAAGAAACGUUUGAAGGCAGAAAAAGCAAAACUUGAGGAAGAAGCGCGUAUUAAGAAACAAAAACAGGAGUCAGAGGAGGCUGAGAAGAAAAAGAAGGAAGAAGAAAAGCAACUCGCAGAAGAAAAGGUAAAAUUAGAAGAAGAAAUCCGUUUAAGGAAAGAAAAAGAAAUGGCAGAGGAGGCCGAGAAGAAAAAGAAGGAAGAGGAAAAACGACUAGCAGAAGAAAAAGCGAAACUUGAUGAAGAGGCACGAAUCUUGAAAGAAAAGCAGGUUACCGAGGCAGAUGAGAAGAAAAAGAAAGAAGAAAUACGUCUUGCCGAAGAAAAAGCUAAACUUGAAGAAGAAGCACGCAUUCAGAAAGAAAAAGAGGCGGCUGAGGAGGCCGAGAAGAAAAAGAAAGAAGAAAAGAAACGUUUAAAGGCAGAAAAAGCAAAUCUUGAAGAAGAAGCGCGUAAAAAGAAAGAUAAACAAAUGGCAGAAGAGGCCGAGAAGAAAAAGAAGGAAGAGGAAAAACUACUUGCAGAUGAAAAGGCUAAAUCAGAAGAAGAGAUGCGUAAAAAGAAAGAAAAACAAAUGGCAGAGGAGGCCGAUAAGAAAAAGAAGGAAGAGGAAAAACGACUUGCCGAAGAAAAAGCAAAAGUUGAAGAAGAAUCGCGAAUCCAAAAAGAAAAACAAGCUGCCGACGAGGCUGAGAAGAAAAAGGAGGCAAAGAAACGUUUAAAGGCAGAAAAAGCUAAACUUGAGGAAGAAGCUCGUAUGAAACAAAAACAAGAGGCAGAGGAGGUCGAGCAGAAACAAAAGGAAGAAGAAAAACGGCUUGCAGAAGAAAAGGCAAAACUUGAUGAAGAAGCUCAUAUUAUGAAACAAAAACAAGAUGCAGAGGAAGCUGAAAACAAAAACAAAGAUAAGAAACGUCGUCUAGCAGAAAAAGUCAAGCAAGAGGAAGAUACGCGUGUUAAAAUAAAAACGGAAAAUGCUGAAAGAGCCAACAAGGAAACAAAAGCGGAGAAACGCUUUGAGGAAGAUACACAAAUAAGGAGAGAAGAUGAAGCAAUAGUUAAGAAAGAGGGACGUCAUCGGCGAGAAAAUGGGGAAGUUAAAAUUACGCAUGAGGAAUAUAACAGGAAAGCAAACAUUGAAAUGGGUCGUAUAAGUAAAAUUGAUGGUUUUGAUAUUGAAAACAAUGUUGAGUCUACUCAUGAAUCUGACAAACAACGUUAUAUGAAAGAAUAUCAGUACGAGCCCUCGGCAGGGUUGAGAAGAGAGGAAAGAGAGAAACCUAGAUUUGUAGAUCACACAACUAAAGAUUACACAUCUGAAUUUGCUAAACCUCCUGGUUAUAGAGAAAAGAGAUAUGAAACCGAUAGACUGGGUGGGGAGAGAUUGGUAAGUGUAGAUAGAGACAGUCUUAGAAGUGGCGGAAUAUAUAAAGCUGAGAAAUUAGUUAAUGAUGCAAAAUUGCGAUCUUCCUUACCUCCGCCCUUGGAAUCCAGUAAUAGAAGAAGCUGUGAAAUAUCUGAAAAAAGAGAGAUAAGACAGAGAUCUAAAGCUUUAAGUGAAGCAAGGAGCACAAUCUCGGAGAAACGGCCCAGUAUGACGCGCGAUAUAAAGAGAAAGCCUGUAUUUUCGACAUUCUUAACUGAUAGAACUGCUGUAGAAGGUUCUAGGGUGAAGCUCACAUGCAGCGUUUUGUCAUCGUCUGAUCCUACAGUCACUUGGUACAGAAAUGGCGUUCUUCUUAAUAAUAAAUUGAAAUACCGAACCAAAUACAUGGAUGGCCUUAUAACACUAGAAGUCUUGAAUGCCGUGCCGAGUGAUUCAGCUGAAUACAGCUGUACAGUGGAAAAUGAAAAUGGCUCCAUUAGUUCGUCGGCUAAUCUCAAAGUGUACCCGAGUUUCAAAGCGUCUCCGAUACCGCCAACAUUCACACGAUCUAUACGCGAUACGUACCACAUGGCUGAAAACGAGCUGGUUCUCGAAUGUCGUAUCCGAGGACAGCCUCUGCCUACCAUAUCCUGGUUGAAGGACGACAAACCAAUCGUAAUAAACAAUCGCUAUCAAGCAUAUUACUUGGCCGACGGCGUUUGUAGAUUAGCUAUCGACCGUCCUACACCGGAAGAUAGCGGCAAAUAUACGUGUAAAGCUGAAAAUUCCGUUUGGUCCGAUCAAAUCUCUCACGUUGUUAACUUUACUGGUAAAGAAAAUCGUCUCAGUCCGAAUCUCACGACAAUUGAAAAGUCACGGUUCAAUCGACACGCUGUAGAGUCGCGACGGCCUCACUUCACGAACGUACUCUCAGACUUCAAGGUCACUCAUGGUGGAACUAUUGGUCUACAAGUCGAAAUCAGAGGCUGUCCCACCAGAGUGGAGUGGCUUCGUGAGGGAUCUAACGUUAUGGAAUCAUACAACAACGCAAGAACAUUUGUAGAACAAGGGUUGUAUACUUUAGCCCUUUCGGAUGUCACUGAGAAAGAGUCAGGACUGUAUACUUGCAGGGCUUGGGGUACUCAUGGUACUGUUGAUAUGAAUGCGGCAAUUACGGUUGUUCAAGAACAUGAACUCGAAGGAAAACCUGCGAUAAUUGUAGGCCGUCCAGAGAAAGAUGUGCUGAUUUCAGUCGGCGAAGAUUUGAACAUUUCCUUCAGGGUUCAAGGGGAACCGAAGCCCAAAGUUGUAUUUAUGAAGGGUAUUCGAGACAUAACGAACAGCCAAAGGGUAUGUAAGAUGACCUCAGACGAUUACGUCAAGUUCACAUUGAAGAGGUCUGUGGUGUCUGACGCCGGUACUUACUGCAUCCUAGCGAGGAACGCCUACGGUUGUGACAGAGCCUUUGUUACCGUUGUGAUAAGACAACAUGCUUCUUCAGACAAUCUUAUUUCGGAUUGGAUAUAUCCGGCGGAUGAUACGGCGUUGGCAAUGGGUGAACGCCAAUACAAAUCUGUGCCCGACCGGAUCCCGAGCGAGCCGACCGUCGUGGACGGUGGAAACAACUGGAUAUCCCUUUCUUGGUCCAAACCCGAGCCCAGCGCUUCAGCACCAGUCCUAGCGUACAAAGUUGAAAGUUGGUUAUUGGGCAAAGAAGGUGGCGCACGUUGGAUAGAACUGGGCAUAACGCCAUUGAAUUCCUUCGACGUGUUCAAUUUGAAACAAGGUGGAGAGUAUCAUUUCAGAGUGACCACGAGAAACAGAUACGGCUGGGGGGAAGCGGUACAAACUUCCGCGCCUGUUUCCAUCGGAUCGUCAGGCGACAGGCCAGAGUUCGUUGACAUUUUGCCGGGACAGUUGAAGAUUCUGGUCGGAUCAAAGGCCAACUUGAGCUGCAGUGUGAAAGGAAAGCCGACCCCUGAAGUGGUUUGGAUGAAGAACGGCCACGAGAUAGAAGAAGAAGAGAGACGGGUGAAGACUUCUUUCAAUGGAUACAACUGUUCGUUGGUGAUAGAUGAUGUGAGGAUUGAUGACGAAGCUAGGUAUAGUUGUGAGGCGAGCAAUGCUCUUGGAAGGACUUCGACGUAUGCAAGACUGGCUGUUGUGACUGAUAAGCAGAUUUGGGAGGCAGAUGCCAAGCUGAAGAGGGAGCGGUCGGCGGACGUGGAAGGGGACUACCCCCCACAGUUCACGAUGCGUCUCCGAGACCGGCGAGUCCAGGCCACGUACCCAGUCCGCCUCACGUGUCAAGUGGUCGGUAGCCCCCCGCCCACCAUCACCUGGUACAAGGACGGCGAAGAAGUCACUCUUGACAAACGACACACGAAAUCGCAAGAUGAGCAUUUCCACACCCUGGAGAUUGCGCCCACUACCCUGGAGGAUGGUGGGGUCUACGAGGUCCUGGCGAGGAACACCAGCGGCGCGAUAAGUUGCAGAUGCAACCUGGUCGUAGAUAAGGGGAUAAGGGCAUACGUGGCACCGGAAUUCUGCUGUGGAUUAGAACCUAUGUACAGGUUGAAUGAAGGUGAAGAACUAAGAAUAUCAGCAGUGGUCGAAGCCUACCCCUCAGUGGGGGUGACUUGGUACCGCGACGGAGUACGCCUUAGACCGAGCCGCCGGGCCAUUAUGACCCUGGAUCGUGACGGGCAAAUAGAACUGGCCUUGGCCUUCGUGACUCCUCGUGAUGCUGGCAUUUACACGUGCACAGCUUCGAACGAAGUCGGCAGGGCUUCCACGUCGGGAAAGGUGGAAGUUGUUGGUGGUGGAACAGAGAGUGAGAAGAAGAGGUCUCCGCCGAUUGUAUGCAGUCCUGAUGUGCCGUAUUCAAAAGAACCGAUGUUCAUAAGGAAACCCAGGUCCAGCGAGGCUCAUGAAGGUGACACCGUCAUCAUUGAAUGUGAGGUGGUGGGAGAUCCAAAGCCGGAUGUCUAUUGGCUGAGAGACUUCCUCAAACCGGAUUACUAUCGCGACGCGACGCACUUCAAAAGGGUCGGCGCCGGUCCCGAGUACAGGUUUGAGAUCCCCCACGCGAAACUGGACUACACUGGCACUUACUCCGUGGUGGCCAAGAACGACCAUGGUGAAGCCAAGGCCAUCAUAUCGCUGCAAAUUUUGGCUAAAGAUCCAACAUCCGCUGAUGAUGCGCACAACAUCCGAUAUGGGCGUGUGGAAGUGAUACCCCGGUUUGAGCGGGAGCUGACUGAUUUGCUGUGCUAUGAUGGUGACGCCAUAGAGUUCGAAUGCCGUGUCUCCGGCCACCCCGAUCCUGACAUUAGAUGGUUCCACUACGCCGACCUGAUCCGCGAGAACCCAGACUUCGAAUGGACGUGCGAAGACGGAACAGCUAGGUUGAAGAUAAAGCAGGUGACCGCUGAAGACGAGGGGACUUAUACCUGUCAGGCGGCCAAUAGCCUCGGCAAAGCCACGUCGACCGCCUGCCUCGUGGUUUAUCCUCCCGGGGAACCCAACACCCUGAGCCAGCGUCUGCGGCGCCCCCCCGCGCUUCUCUCAGCAGCCUCCACUCCGCGCUCCACCCCCCGGACCACCCCAGCAAGAUCAGUUUCUAGGACACCAGGACCUGACCCCAGGCGCCUCUGCAGUCCGUCCCGGCAAAUGGCGCCUAAAUUCUACACCUAUCCCUUCAACAAAGUCGUCGAGGAAGGUGAAACUGUCGUGUUCCAAUGCGCCGUCAAAGGUCUCCCCGCGCCCUGGGCCACGUGGGACAAAGACGGUGUCAUCGUCACCCCAUCAUCAAGAGUUACCAUCAGGGAGAAGGACGAGAUCCUCAGAAUCUUAGAAAUAGAACAAGUCUCAAUUGAAGACGUUGGUCUCUAUAGAAUAACUUUGGAAAAUGAUUAUGGCAGGGCAGAAGCAACCGCUAGACUGGAAGUCAUAACUCAGAAGGGGAAAUUCUACGCUGGGGUCAGAGCUAUCAGCCCAUCACCGAGGAGGUCUUUCGGGUAUAGAAGAAGAGCUCCUUCUUCUUCUAGAGACUGAUAGAAGAUCGAAAGGGAGAGGUCCAACUUACCUGCUGAAUCGUCGACAUAAAUAUGUUUUUUAAGGAAACAGCGAUGGAUGGGAUUUUUGUUUUUAAUUUAUUCUUGGCAUUUUAUUUAUUAACUUAAUUGUAAUACGAAGUGUUUAUAGUUGAGUUUAAGUUAAGUUUUUUUUUGUUUUCAUUUAGGUUAUUGCGUUUCACAUGAUUGCACUAUUUUUGUUUUAACAUCAGAAAUUAAUAAAUAAUCAAUGAUAGUAUGUAUUCUUGUUUGAAAACUCUUUUCUACUGGUUUUUGUCCCAUAAUUCCGCUCAAUUGAUAUAUUAUUUCCAAUUACAAAAAGUUAGUAUCGUAUUUUUUAAAAUAACUGUUAAAUCUUAUAAUAUUUUUGUUUGUGUAUACCUAAAUAUUAAACCAAAGGACAAAUACCAGUUAGAUUUUUUAUAAAAGAAAUCAGCAAUCAUUGUGAAACAAAACUGAUAAACGCCAUGUAAUUAUGGCGUUAUAUCAUUGUUGAAUCUUUGUGGAAUUAUAACGAUAAGCGUCCUUGGUAGCGCACCGACAUAUUGUGAAUAUACCUUAUUACGACCGUCUGGUUAUUUUAUUUAUAACCCUUAUAAUAGACUAGCUGUGCCCGCAACUCCAUCCGCGUGAAAUAGUCACUUUGGGCAUCAUUCAAUGGUGUUUUUUUCACAUUUUCCAUUAUUUCUUUGCUCCUCAUAGUUGCAGCGUGAUGUUAUAUUGCUUGA